CCUGCCUACUGCUGAGCAAGAUCUCUGACUGCGUCAUUCUGAUAAGGACAAUUUCAUGACAUGAAAUUCAUGUGACGUUUUUGUAAAAUGGUCUGUUAGUGUUGAAACGUAACAAGUGUUGUGGUAGUAUUUCUGUGUUGUAUUGUUAGCUCGACUACUGUGCCUGUGAGAAUGUGAGGAAAUUAUCAUCUAGGAUACAGUAAUUUUACAAUGCUGUGUGUUGGAUUGGCGUUUUUACUUAUCAUAUCAUCAGUUUAUGGGUACAAAAUACAACUCACGAGUAAUGGUCCAGUGGUGGUCGGCGCAACUAUUACUUUCAGGGCCUCCAUAACAGAUGGAGACAGACCUCCGAGUGGCUCUUUCCAGUUCAAGUGGAAAGACAAUGCCAUCCCCCCCCACUCAAAGACGGUGGAUGGAGACUUCACGGUCUCCUACUGGAACGUGACCUACCCCAAGGACAUGUACAGUCCCGGGACUUACGAGGUUCAGGUUGAAAUCAGUAAAUGGACAAUAUUCUACUGGCCAGUCGCCAGCAAGAGGCUGUGGUUUGAGCUAACACCAUUGCUCAAUGGGGGGAUGAACUUGACGCAGAACAAUAAGUCUGUGGAAAAUAACGAUGUGAGUUCUGCUGCUGAGGUCACUCACUGGAUCUCAUUCUCGGACCCGGAUGAGGAGUUCUUGGCGGAGAAUGCCACCUUAAUACAAACCUUCUGGUUUGUGGACUGCAUCUACUAUGGAGCCACUUCAGACCUUAGUUUCCGGUACAACUACUCAGAUGCUGUUGACAAGACAAGAUCCGUUGAGGCCUUGGUUGUUGCGUCAUUUGACCCCAUCCCUUCUCCCACAACUACACAAGCUCCUACAACAACAACUUCAACUACGACAACAUUAGCCCCUUCCACGACGGCAAAUCCUCAGACGACUACGACGACCGUAGCAACCACAACCAAGGUGGUAACAACAACUGUGGCUACACCCUCAAACAACAUCACUGCUGUCGUAGAGCCCAAUUUGAAGAUGGGUACGAAUGUUUCUGAGAUACCUAUACUGCCGUACGUCUGCCUCAACACGUCAAUCGUUCCUCCAGAUCCGAAAAAGACGUAUGGAUAUUUCUCAAGCCGGGUUAAUGUCAAAGCCCCAGUGAACAAUGUGGUGGUAAGCGGUGGUAACAGUUUCUGGCUCCAACAUGGGGACAUUCUGAACCUCUCUGUGAGUUGCAAUGGUUCCUCCCCCUUCCUAUACUGUUUCAAGAUUACAGAGGGCGAGUACAAUGUCACUGGUAAUGAGACCUGCACCCAACACAUGCUCAUUACAGAUUGUCAGCUGACUUUGCCCAGAUAUUUCCACAACCCAGGGAGUUAUACAGUGCUCAUUAUAAUCACCAAUGAGGUCUCAAAGAAAAUCACCCCGGUUGGAGUCAAUAUUUAUGAAGUGAAGAAGCAUGCACAGCUGUCUGUGAUUGUAGUACCAGUGGCCUGUGUUGCCAUAGCAGUUACUCUGAUAGUGUUUGGGGCAGCCUAUUACCUACAGAGCAGACACAGGUAUACGAUAGAGGUGGCAGAUUUUGACUUUGCACAGGCAAGCGAUCUUGAGUACAUGACCUUCAGCCAACGGCUGCGCGCAGCUCUCAACAGCGCUUUCGUCAGAACUCACGACAUUAAAUCAGACAUCAAAACCGAUAGUAAUCAAUCAAUUAAGUCAUCAGAAUCAAACAAAUCAUCAGAAUCAACAUCAACAGCUUCAACUGACAUUGUAACAUCAACAAUAUCUCAUAUAUCUGGGAGUGAACUACAAAAGACUAGACAAUAGCACUGGAGUGCUCCGAUACUAACUUAUCAUACUGUAACAAUAUUUGGAAAACAUAGGUUUUACUACUGGUACCAAGUACAUUUUAGUGGUUUUUUUUUAUUGUAUUGUAUUUUUAGUGAUAUGUAUAUUAAUGUUUAUUUUGUAAUCAUGUUUUUCAAUCAUAAUAUUCAAUAUUGCUGUAUGAAAAAAUGUAAUGAGAAGAUGGUAUUUUUCAGAAAGAAAAUAUGAUCUUGUGAAAUCUAAAAUUAAGUAGUUAUUUGUUAUAAUGAAAGUCAACUUAAAUGUAAUGUAAAUAUUUAAUUUUUUACACUAUUUUUGUUUUAUUCUCCAUUUCUUGUUAUUUAGUGUUAAGAUUUUUUCAUACAAAAGAGGUUUUGAUAGUUUCUACCAAAUAUUUUCAAGUUAGUUAAAUUACUUCACAAAGAAAAUGUGUAUAACAUUCAUUGUUUUAAGUCAUUAUAUAAGAAAUCAAUCUCAAAAUUAUGCUAUUAACGUUUAGCAAAAUUACAUUAAAAUAAUUAAAUUUUAACCCUUUUAGGACAGACAGCAGUUUACUGCCAGUAAUUUUUUAAAUUUCUGAUAGUCAAAAUUUAUGUUAUAAUGCUAUUAUGAUGCUAUUCUUUUUAAUUAUAUUUCCUCUCUUAAACAAUGAAGUAAUGAAAGUAAUAAGACAUAUUUUAUAUGACUGACUUCUCAGAUGUUGUUUUGGUAAAAUAUUUUUUGAACAAAAUUAUUUUGUGUUUGUUUUAAUAUUCACAACAGUUUAAACAAAAUAAGUUUUCAAAACAGAUAUCACAUGUUAUUGUGAAAGCUAAUAGGUUUUCCUGAAACUUUUAAAACUAAUCAUUAAAAGAUAUGCAGUUUUUCAGUUCUAUAUCAUAUAAAGGUAAACAAGUUUAUUGGUUGUAAUAGUUAUGUUGGUCCCUAAAAGGGUUAAUAAGACCAUAUUGUAACUGUAAUCAUUGAGUUUUAUUUCCUAAGUAGAUACAGGCAAAAUUUGAGAUCAUCCAAGAUUUUAUUAUUUAUAGAUGUAGUUUUAUUGUAGUUAAUGGGACUAAAAUUAUAAUUGUGAAUUAAUUAUUGUAGUAUAUUUACAAUAUAUUGUCUGUAUUUAUAAAGUCAAUUGCUAGACAUUUUAUUCCAAAUUUAUUCUGAAAUUAAGUUAGUGUUUAAAAAAAGUGAUUCUGGAUUUGUUUAUAAAUUCUUAAAUCAUUUAAACUGACUAAUACUGACAGUUAAUUUCUUAUUUAAUGAAUUUUUGCUUUAAGUAUGUUCUUUUCAUGUUAUUAUAGAAGUACUUAUAUUUGUACGGCUGGUUUCAGUUUCAUGAGGACCUAUGUAUAACUUUGUUUGAAAAUAAGCAUUUGUAUAUUUUGAGUUAGCUGUGCUAAUGUAUACUGCUAAAUUGUAUGAAUAAUUAUAAAGUCUUACAGACUAUAAAGUAAACUUUAAAAGAUUAAACAUACUUAACAAAAUUGUUACAAUCCAGCUGUGAUCCGCUAAGCUGAAUCACAGAAAGAACCUGUCCUUGGGCUCGAGAUCAUGUUGCACAAUAGACAUGUUAUUGGUUAUAAUUGUCCUUGUAUGUCCCGGAAGAGUAUCACCAAUAGUUUAUUUGAUGAUAGUAUACACAGUUGUUUUAUCUUAAAAAGAUGACUUAAAGUGGACUGUUUUUUUUUUAUUGUGACUCUUGAGUUAACAAAUUCUGAUUGAAGCUUAAAUCCUCCGUAAGUGUAGUCACUUCCCAAGCAGAAUUGAAUAUGUGUAAUCUAAGUCUGACAUUGUGGUACCUUUCCGACCUUUCCCUUAGUAGUAUGUUGAUAGAGUAUAGGAGAAUAUGCCCAUAUUAUGAAGGUUUUCCCAGUGUUUGUGGUGCCAUAAGUGAAGAAAAUGCAGUGUUGACCAUCUAAGAGAUCUUUAAUAAAUUUAAGGGAGGACAUUACUUUUGUGGGAGAAAAUAUGUUCUUCCUGAGAAAGUCUGUUAAAUAAAAUAUUCUAAACACAUAACAAUUAUUGACAAUCUGAUUGAAUAACCCCACAAUGUUGUGUAUCAUGGUCUACUAACACAAUGAUAUCCUGUUAAAUAUGCAACAUAAUGGAAUUUUUACAUACUCAAGAUGUCUUUAAGUAAAGAUUUUAAGAAAAGUAAUAUUUAUAAUUAUGAAAGUAAUUUUUCUAAUCUAACACAUAACAUCAGUAUAAAACAAAUAAUGAAAAUUCUUUUGCUAUAUGGAGAAGAUUUAUUAAAAUCUUUCUGUUUUAAUGCUGGAUCCGUUUUAUACUUAAAUAAUCUGAAAAUGGUAGAUUUAAUGUAUUUGUGGUGGAAUUAUGAAAAUUGGUAUUAUUAAACAAUUAAAUGCAUAAAAUGUUCAGUGUAAUAAAGUUAUAUGUGGUUCUGUAAAAAAUUUAUAAAAAAAAAUUUAAAUGACCUUUAUAUAGAUCUGCAUAUAACAAAUGCUUUUGGGUUGGUAUGGUUCGAUUUUUAGUACAAAACUAUUCAACUAGAUUUUCAAACAAAUCAAUUUAAAUGAAUACAAAAUAAUCACCAUUUAACAUCCAAUGCUUAAAUUCCAAUAAACUACUUUGCUCUUCAUUUAAUGCUCAAAACAAUGUAGUUUAUGUAUGAUUUUACAUUUAUUUCAAUGGCAAUGUUAUAUUAACUUUUUGUAUAAUUUACUGUUAAAUAUCCUCACUAUCAUUUAAAAUAGAGCUGAUCAGGCUUAAUUUGUUGUAAGAAUUAAAUUUUUUAUUAUUUGAUCUAAUUAUAAUGAUUACAUCAGUAAUUCUAGCAAUAUACAAACAUCAAAAUUGAUCCAUAAGUGCUGGUUAAAUAUUUUUGGUUUGCACAACAAACUACACAUAAAUCAUCUGAUAAGAUUGUCUGCCGAAAUUUAAAAAGAGGAUAUCAAUAUCUUAGAGGAUUUGUGCCAGUGUAAUACAAGCAAACUACAAGUAAUUCACAUUAACUUGAGUUGGUGUGCUUUUAUAUUAUUUUUGCCUUACACAUGAAAAUAAUAAAAAAGUUAAAAGUAACCGUUAAUGUGAAAAAUUUAAUGAUUUAUUUUUGUUUGAAAGUGCAGAGAUUGCGAAAGUUAAUUCCAUUAAGUUCUUAAAAUUGCUAUAAUUAAAUAAUGGCACUGGCUGCUAAAAUCUUCUUAUUGUAAAAUCCUCAAUGUGUUGAUUAAUGUACUUUGAAUGUCCGUGGAUUGGUGAACUGUUUUCAACUAAUGUAUCUGAGCAAAACAGCAAAUCAUUCAGUUCAGCAGGUUUAUGUUCAGCGGUUAGUAUUCUUUAGUGUUUAGUCGUGUUUGUUUAUGGUUUUGUUAUUUAGCGUAGUACGUUUUGAACUGUGAUAAUAUUGAUUUUGAUAUAUUAUGAUUAUGUAUAAUAUGAUCCCUUACAAAGUGUGAAGAGAGUGAUGGAUUGUGUAAACCUGGUUCAUGAUGACUCACUUUUAAGAGAUCGGACAUAAGCUGUAGCACUAAAUUUUUAAUCUUUUAACUAUAGUGGACCGAACCGACCUUGUGCAAGCAAAACCAUUGUCCCGAACCGAUAGAUUUUCUUUUGUUGUACCAAACCAAGCCAAAAUGUUUGGUACACAGCAGAUCUAUACUAAUAUUUAAAAAAUAAUUAAAGCAUAAUAAUAGCACAUUGUAAUUAUGCAUGUAUUCAAAAUAUAACACAAAUUUAUAAUGUUUUAUCAUUUUAAUAAAUAAAAUGUCAGCUUUUAGAUUGAGUUUGGGCUCAUAUUUGUCUACCAUUAUUCUUAAAAAGAUUAAUAGCUAAAAUUUCUUAUUAUAUUUUGAAAUCAUAUUGUAGACUGAAUGCAAUGAAAACAGAGGUAAUGUUGAAAAUAGGAAAUUAAUUAAUUAAUUUUUCGUUUUGUAUAUUAUGCAUAAUAGAAUUUUAAACUGAUUUUGUUCUUACUGUGUUAAUUUACACAAGCAACAAAUUUUAUGUUUAUGUAAUUUUAAUGAAGUUCCCAAAAAUCAGAUUACUCUUUAUGUAUACUUUUAUGUUUUUGGAUCGUGUCUGUGAUAGGUUAUAUAUAUAUAUUAUAUUUUUACAGUUAUGUUAGCCAUUAUUUUAUUGUAUACUUUUCUGCACAUAAAGACUUUGUCGCUCUUGUAAAUUGUUCAUCCUACUAAUAACUAUUAAAAUAUUGAUAAUAAAACAAGUAUUUAUAUAUUUUAAA